AACACAUGGUAUGUUGCAGAGCGCCUGUCUGACUCAGUUAUAAGAAUGUUUCGUGCAAGAGCUGAUGAAAGAGAUGAACAUAUGUUUCAUGAAAAGAUAAGAAGAGCAAAUAAAAGAAUCUUGCCUCCUGAGCCUGAUCUAACCCCAGAAAAACCUCCAGCUAAGAGGCAUAAAAAAGGGAAACAAGACCCAGAAGAAUUUAUCAUAGAAAGUAUCCUUGACUUUAAGUUUGAAAAUGGACUGGAAUAUUUCUUCAUUAAAUGGAAAGGAUGGCCGGACAGUGAAAAUACAUGGGAACCCAUAGAAAAUCUUGAUAAUUGCCCUGAGAUUCUGAGAAAGUUUUUGUUAGAAAAGGAGGAAAGCAAUAGUGAACGCUUUGAAAAAUUGGAAAAUGAAUUGUCAUUUGACAAUUUGCUCUCAGAGGAAAACCUUAUCACAAGAAUUGAAGAAUUUGAAUAUUUCUCCCAUUUUGAAUUAAAGGAAAAACUUAUAUUGAAAUAUCUUGUAAUGAUCUCUUUGCCCAUGUCAGAAGAAAAUCAUGUUGCAGAAUUAGUUCAGGAAACUAGAGAUAUUUUACAAUUAUACACAAUGAUUAGAAUGCGAUGUCGUCAGCUUAUGGCGCUAAAACAAUGGGAAGAAUAUCUCAACCAAGUAGACAAGUGCAAGAAACUUUGUGUAGAAAAUGAUGUUGAUUUAGCUGGUCCUCCUGAAAAUUUUACUUAUAUCAAUGAAUCAAUUCCUGGUGCUGGUGUUGUAAUACCUAAUGAUCCUCCUAUUGGCUGUGAGUGCACAGCAUGUAAUUGUCGCUCAAAUACGUGUUGUGGAAUGCAAGCUGGCUUCUUCGCAUACACACAUAACAAAAGACUCAGAGUGGCAUCUGGCACCCCAGUGUAUGAAUGCAAUAAAGCUUGUAAAUGCUCCACGGACUGCAAUAAUCGAGUUGUACAAAGGGGCAGAACUUUUAAGCUUACAAUAUUCAGAACUGCCAAUGGCUGUGGCUGGGGAGUGAGAACAGAGCAAAAAAUCAGACAAGGGCAAUUUCUUUGCCAAUAUGUUGGUGAAGUUAUAACAUUUGAAGAAGCUGAGAAAAGAGGAAGGGAAUAUGAUGCAAAUGGGUUGACAUAUCUGUUCGAUUUAGACUUUAAUUCAGUUGAAAAUCCAUAUGUUGUGGAUGCAUGCAACUUGGGUAAUGUGUCGCAUUUUAUAAAUCACUCAUGUGACCCAAAUUUAGGUGUAUGGGCUGUAUGGGCUGACUGCCUUGAUCCGAACUUACCAAUGUUAGCUCUAUUUGCGACACGUGAUAUAGAAGCCGGGGAAGAAAUUUGUUUUGAUUACUUACAGAAGUCUUCGGAGAGUGAAGAAGAAGUCAAUAAUACUCCUCAAAAACGAGAAAAUGCAAAUGUUGAAAUAGAACAAAGUGUUCCAAGUCCAUCAGAAGCUAACACAGCUGAUUCACCAGUGUCUCCUAUCAAAUCAAGGUUUGAAAUUCAGCAGCAGAAUAGAGCCAUGUUAAGAAAUUUAACUGAGUGUAAAUGUGGUGCAACAAAGUGUAGAAAAUAUUUGUUUUAGUCCAAUGAAAUAUGUUUAAAACUAAAGUAAGUGAUAAAAUGCAUGAAAUAGGAUAACGGUUUACUAUCAAUUGGGAAUGAAAUAUUAGUUUUAAAAUUCAUGAUUGCUGGUUCACAGUAUUAAUUGGAUAUGCUUAUAAGUACAUAUUUUAAGCUUAAUUUUAUCUCUCCAGAGUGACUUGAAUUGUUAAUUUCUAUGUUUUGAUUAUGAAUGCAUACAUUUUUUCCAAACUGUAAUUAAACUUUCACACACAUGUGACAAACCAUUUGUGAAGAAUUCACUUGUUACAAAAUAUAAUAUUUAAAUAAAUUGUUAAUGAAUUACCUACUUUUGUAUGAUAAUAUAAUCAAAAAUCCAGCAUCAAUAUAUUUUUAUACAUCAAUGCAAUUAUAAAGAUAAAUAAUUACAGAAUCUCAUAAAUCCUGAGUAUUAAAUAUAAUAAUACAUAUGAAACAUUUAAUGUUAAAGUUAAAUCCAAGGGUAGGAUUUAGUUUCAACAAGAAAAGUAGACAAAGGAAAUAGUGGAAAUAAAUAAAAAUGUGAAAAGUAAGAUUUUUUUAAUAUCUUACCCUUUCAGGCCGGAGGGAGGUUGCCUUAAACCCCGCCCCUACUUGGUUACGCCCAUGGCUAUAUUUGUAUCUCAAGUGGUAUUUAUAUGUUAUGGAUAUUGAACCACAAAUCUUAUAAUGUUACAAUAUGAUAUAUUUCACAUGUAUUAUAGCCCUUUAAGCUUUAUAUUUUGUAAAGUUGUUACAUUUAUCUCAAAAUGCACAGUUAUUGUUAUGAAAUUGUAUGGUUUACAAAAUUGCAAGUAUUUGUUUAGUUCUUAAUUUAAAUAAGAACAAAUCUAGAAUGUAAUAGGGAAAUGAAGAAUGUUUUUAUAUCAUAAGAGCUUGUUAAGUGCCUUUAGAACAUUAGUUAGUUUAUAAAUGUAUGUUUGGAAUGAUGACCUUUUACAUUUACAACAGUGAAGUUAUAUGUAUACAUUAAUAUUUUGGAAAUAAUCUUUACAAAUAAAUGUGCUAUUUAAAAUUAUUUUUUACUAGC